GUGUAAACAAUAUCUAGAUGUAGAUUUUGCGAUCUAUCUCUUUGCGAGUGAUUUAUGCAUCUUCUGCGUGAAAAUGUUUACCGCACGAUGUCCCUGACAAUCUAAUAGAGAGAAGGAAAGAUAUGAAGAGCGAAAAGUCGGUGAAAUCAUUGCCAGAUAGGAUGGAAUCCGGGAUUUGAUAGACCUUACAAUAACACGAGUUACGGUUUUCGGGGAUACAGUUCCGUUGGAAGCUGAUGCCGCACCAGAGGAUCCGGUUCGGGCCGAACAGGGUUCAGCUCGAAGAACAGCGGCAGAACGUGGCUGACCUUGAGUUCAAGCUGAUUCGCUGGACGUCCGUUAAACGCCGCUCGAACAUAAAUAUUCAUCGCGAGUGAUAUGAAGUGUUUGGGUGAUCGACGUGGGACGAUGCGGACGAAACGAUGGUUGGCCACAACGGGAUCCCGGAUGCGGAGUUUCGAGGAUGGACCUGCUCAGACCUUGUUGGACAUCGUUGGGUCAUCGUUGGAAACCACGGGACAACGCGGAACUUCGAAAUGCGCACCUCGUGCCACGAUGCGUCUUUUCAAACGUCACACGCCCGACACGAGCCCGCAGCUUGUCUCGGCGGUGGCCAUUUCCCAAGAUUCCGACACUACGGAGAAUGUCGAAGAUGACGAGAGGUCGACGAAGAAAUCCAAGCUGAAUACGAAGGACGAGUCGGAGGGUAUCGUUCCAGUCAAGGAAGACGCGCAAAGGGAAUCGACCAACUCCUCCGUGCAUAAUCGCAGAGGAUUCUCCACGUGGGGGCGAAAGAUGGGUCGGCGAUGGGACCAAAUUAGAAGAUCGGACAGCUCCGAAUUGCCACCUUUAUCACGACAUCGACGACGGUGGACUCCGCAUUGGAAGAGUCACGACGAGCUCCCGAGCGAGAGAGAAAACGUUAACAGCGAGUGCCCGAAGCCAAAGAGACUCCCCCGGGUGGAAUCGCUGAGAAACUUCUUCAGGGGCGAUCAUUUCCACAGCACGAAGACUUUCCUGAAGACGGUGACGAUACAAGAGGAGGACGUCGUCCUUCAAGCCCCGCCGGAAAGGACGAUGAGCGAAGGGGCCGCCUCGGCCGUUUACCCUGAGAGUUUCGACGAUUGCGAGUACGCGCGGAUGAAUCGGGAGGAGUUCCUCCGGCAGAAGAAGGUACAGUUGAAUCGCAGCAUCGAGGAUCUCCAGGAGCAGAAGCGGCUGUUGGACUACAUACUCAAGCACAAGGAGAUACUGAAGUCACAGCGUGGCGAUACAUUCGUGAGAGAAAGCUUGGAGAUCGUUCAUACGAACACUCCGGAUUACUCCGGCGGCCGUUCGUACGCGGAGGACACCAAGAACAACAACGUCCAGACGACGCGGACGUCCGGUCUCCAGCUCGGGAACACCGGUUGCCGGGUGAACGGUAAAGAAACGUUCAAGGAGAACGCUCGGGCUCUUCCGGUCGCGUCCAGUACGCUGACUGGUCUGGAGGACCUGCUGAAUAAUCUGCGUCUGGGUUGCGACGAGAGUGGCUACGAUUCGGACAGUACGCGUGCCGGCGCGGACUCCCCGGACAGUGAGAAAGCGGCGAUACCGCCGAUACUGUCGGACGAUUACCAGGACGUGGUGAUUUUGUCGCUGGCGGAUCUCACCACAGCAGGGAGGAAGGACGCGAACGGCGCGGCGACCGGGCCGAGCGAGCCGUCGCGCGCCGCCGCGAGAGUCGAGAAAGGACGCGCGGCGAACAACGGCCUGUCCUUCGGCGAGUCGAGCAGAAACCGAUCGUUAAUGUCGGAAAUGGACGGUGACGACACGGACAGUUGCGACGAGAAUACUUUCGCCGAUUUUCUCGAAUACCAGCCGGACCUGACGAGAAUCUAUACCAAGGAAGAGGCGGAGCGUCUUCGUGACACUCUGAAAGAGGUAUCCGCGAACGGCCCCCCCACCUUGCCCGACGAUGAUCCGAGGAAGGUCGUCCCCGGCGAGGAUCACGCGAGCGAGAGGCAGCAUCGCGUCGUCAGCGUGCCCUACGCGGUCAAGUUGCAGGCCCUGCUGAAGGAGAAGAGGUCCAAGAGCCAAAAGUGCUCGAGUCCGAGCGUGCAGCAUCUCUUGGAGCACGCGGCCUCUCCGGGCAUGGACAGUCCACCGGCCAACAAGAUCUGCCCCGCGUCCGGAAUGACGAGCGAGUCUCUGCGAUAUUACAACCCGAAGAGACUGCACUCUACCUUGGAGCCGGACACCACGGAUGUGGCGAGGAACGCCGCGAAGAAACAGUCGACGAAGGGCGCGGACAAGCCGUCCUCGGCGAAGAACCUGGUGCGACGCGAGCUCCGGACGAUGAAGCUCGCGGUGAGCCACGCGACCGGUCUCGGUAUCUCGGUGGAACGAUGCGAGGCGGCCCGACCGUACUACGUGAUCGCCAGGAUGGAGCCGGACGGCGAGGCCGCCAGGUCGGGGCAGUUCCGCGUCGGCGACGAGAUCGUCCGCGUCUGCGGACGAAGGAUACGCGGGAUGUCGAUGGCGGAGGCGCGCAACGCCGUACGCAGCUGCGUCGGCAACGUCGAGCUGCAGAUCGCGCGCGAGCCGAGCUUCGCCUUCGGCGAGGAGAUCGGCGACACGUUCGCGCGGUCGCGCCACGACUCCGACGAGGCGUGGCUUCUGAAGAAGAACGGGCCGCCGUCCGAAAGCCAUCCGGUCGACACGACCGUGAUCGAAGACGGAGCGGACGCUCGGAGUCUCCAGAAAGUCACGGGGAUGAAGAAGUUCCAGAUCGUGAGGAAACGCAGCGACACGCUUCCCGGUAGGCGAGGUUCUAACUUGUCGGUAGACCUGUUGACAGUUGCGUUGGAGAAGGGCGCGCAGAAGAAGUUGGGUUUCUCGAUCGUCGGCGGUGUGGACAGUAAUAAAGGGCGUAUGGGCAUCUUCGUGAAGGACAUCAUGCCCGACGGACAGGCUGCGGAAGAAGGUACCAUGAGAGUGGGGGACGAAAUUUUAGCUAUCAAUGGCUCCUCCUUGAACGGACUGACACACGCCAAGGCACUGCAGAUGUUCAAAAGCGCCAAAGCCGGAAACAUGAUACUCCGCAUCGCUCGGAGGGAUCACACGCAUAAACGAUACGUCACACAGUCCAAGUCUUACGAUUGCCUCGACAAAUUGACCAAGUCCACCGGCGAAUGAAACCGUCCGCCAUCGUCGUCCCGUUGAAUCUGGUUUCUCGUCAAGCGCGUUCGACUCGUCAGUCGGUCGAAACACUUUGUGAAACACGACUUCCUCACCCGAGUUUGCGAGCUUCACCCCGAAUUAUAUCAAUAUUCACGAGACGUCCGCACAUUGGUCGUCGAUACUUCUCGUUGCACUAUUCUCCCGUUCUGUUCUCUGCAUUUCGGUUAAUGUCUUACGGUGCUUCCGACGAUAUUUUCGAUUUUGCAGCAAUACACGCGAAU